AUGGAGGACGAUGAAGAAGCAGCUGCCUGGGCGGCGUUGCGCGCAGCGUUUGGAGAAGAUCCAGAGGAAGCCAGGACGGUGAAGAAGCCAAGGGUUGAGCCGACCACUGAAAACAGUCCGAGGAAGGCGCCGCCGAAGCGCUCCGACUCGACCGACGACUGGCUGCAGGGCGAGGCGCCGCUUCCGGCGGACGUGGUGACGGUGUUCGUCCGGGGGGCGUCAGGUGGAUCGGCUGGUGGGGGAGAUCCAGCGAUUGGCCAAGCAGCCUUUGCCUACGGAGCUGCAGCGAGGCUCAGAUGA